UUGGGCUGUAGGCUACACCUUGACGAAUGAUGCGCACGCGGCACGGGAGGCUUUAUAAACGCAGUGAGCACCGGGGAUGUGAGAAGCCUACGAGCACUGCAUUGGAUCGCAACUCCAGUACUCGGCACUUUCCUUCUCUUAUUCCAGAGCUAAAAAGCGCACCAGCAUGAACGACCACUGUAAAGUUAAUGUCAACGACACCGUGGAGACGUUCCACUGCAACAACGGAUUCAGCGAUCUCAUCAUAGACACCAAGAAGUCCGAGCGCGAGACGUCCCGCAAAGAGGAUGAGGACAAGUCAUAUUUAGGCCUACCGGUGCUCGAGGCUGCCUACACUAGCAUCCUCCGGGAGCUCGGCGAGGACACGGGCCGGCAGGGGCUGCUGCGCACACCGCUGCGCGCCGCCAAGGCUAUGCAGUUCCUUACCAAGGGCUACCACGAGACCAUCAGCGACAUCUUAAACGACGCAAUAUUUGAUGAAGACCACACCGAGAUGGUAAUUGUGAAGAACAUAGACAUGUUUUCACUCUGUGAACAUCACCUAGUACCCUUUUUUGGCAAGGUUCACAUUGGAUAUAUUCCCAACAAAAACGUGGUGGGACUGAGCAAGCUGGCAAGGAUUGUGGAGCUCUUCAGUCGGAGACUCCAAGUUCAAGAGCGUCUGACCAAGCAGAUUGCAAUGGGAAUUUCAGAGGCUCUGCGGCCAAAAGGUGUAGCUGUGGUAAUUGAAGCAACGCAUAUGUGUAUGGUCAUGCGCGGUGUCCAGAAGAUAAACAGCCGCACUGUGACGAGCACCAUGUUGGGCAUUUACCUGGAGGACCCCAAAAUCAGGGAGGAGUUCCUGACUCUUUCACAGAACCCCUAACAAAUGUCCUUCACUCCAGGGCCUCUGUAUACAGUAGCAUACAUAAAGCUUUAGAGUAAGAGUAGAUCUGACUUCGGAAAUCAUACAGACCAUCAAACACAAAGCUGCUUUGAUGCAAGAUCCAAGCCAAGCUUUGAUUUACUGAUGCCUGACCUGACAACAUAAUAGGAAAUCGAAAACUCACUUUCUUGGUGCCUUUGGUAGAUAUUUUACAUCUUAUGUCUCACAUGGCAAUACUGAUGUUAUAAAGUAUGAAAUUUGACUUUGUAACAUGUCAAUUUAAGAUUCUACUUUUUUUAAAUGGGAAUUUAAUUGCUGUUUUUGCAAAGCACCUUUCCUUGCUUUAUUAUA